AUGGUAUACGGCCUAAGCCUAACAGCAUCGCUGAAGCUCAUUCCGGGCAUCCAUAUGCUGGUGGCGAACGAACUUCAUCGUCAUGGCUACAUUCUCACGUCGUGGAUUACGACGUUUGUCGGCCCCGUCGUUCCGCUUUCGGACUUUCCUCGCCAAAACGUGUGUGGACAUCGCCGCGUCCACGGCACCCGUCGACAGUUCCAAGCUGCCCGUGCGCCUCCCCGUCGCCGCGGCACGAUGUACCAGCACAGCGACAGCGACGAAAGGUUACCGCGCGCCGGGCCGCUGCCGCGGCACCCGUCGACAGUUCCAAGCUGCCCGUGCGCCUCUCCCGUCGCGAUCAGAAACGAUGUACCAGCACAGCGACAGCGACGAAAGGUUACCGGGUACCGUGCCGCGCGCCGGGCCGCCGCUUUCACCCUCUACCAGCGGUCCGCGCCACCACCGUCAGCUGUCCGAUCCCAGACGAACGAAGCAGAGACUGCUACGGUGAAAGAGCGAACGCUCUUGAUUUAUUGCACCGUGCGCUUACGUCAGACGAUCCGGUCGUCCUCCUACCCUCCCCCUCCGCCCAGCGUCAACCGCGACGCGCACCGCCCACCUCCUCGUCCUCACCCGCGACGCGCCUAA